AGACGAAUACGCCAUCCUGCCUGCCUUGCCAGAACCGUCCAGCAGUGAGAAAAAGCCAGUCAACCUGACGGAGAAAAACGUGGACGGAGAGGAGAAGUUGUCACGUCCCAUAGGCUCCUCCACAUCUUCCUCCUCCUCCUCCUCCUCCUCCUCCUCCUCCUCCUCCUCCUCCUCCUCCUCCUCCUCCUCCUCCUCCUUCUACCUCCAAGACCACAAGCUCGCCAUCGCCAUGCCAGCUGUCCCCCCGCUAUUCGCUUCUGCUUCGGCACGUCUGCAGGGAAUGAGAGGGGAGGGGGGCGGUCAGGUGGAAAAAGCUGGAGGAGGAGGAGAAAAGGAGGAGAAGGAGGAUACGAAGAAUGAGGAUGAGGAGGAGGAGGAGAAGGAUGCGGAGAGAGAGGAGGUAGAUCUGGUGACCCGGGCGCUGGUGCUGGUGAACGGCGAGCACAGCACGGCAUGGCAUCACAGAUGCUUGGGCUCACCGUCGCUUUGUGAUUGGCCACUUGGCUCGGCUUUACCUCUUGCAACAAAGGUGGCAGCAGCAGCAGCAGCAGCAGCAGCAGCAGCAGCAAGAGGAGCCUUUGAAUAA